CCGAUCGAGAAUGCCAGCCUGCCGACAGAGGUAAGGAUCUCCGAUAUCUUGCAGAUAGCUGAAGCACCUGUGGCGCUCGAACGCUGGGGUGAGCUAGAUCGACAGCUCCAACACGAGCGGCUGUCGUUGAGAAACAUGUCUCUACAAUGCGGGGAAUAAAAGCUUUCGCGAGAGCUGGAUGGUCGUUGCUCUGGCCCGAGGCUCGAGGAGAAGGUAAAGACGAACUUGACGAAGAUUUGUCUUUCCUCCAAAUGCACCGACAUGUCAGGCGAUUUGAGGUAAUUGUCGGUCAGUCAAGACGGCUUAACUGUGCCGUCUGCUUGUCUGCUGUGCCUCCAUCAUCCAUGGCCAAGUCUGAUCCUUCUCCUGGUCAUCUUGCCUACAACAACACCGGUCAAUAUUCUCGGUUGAUUAUUCCCGGCGCAAAGGAUGGCAGCCGUAUAUGCCAACUUCGUUUCAAGACUUCCCAAUUACAACUUUCUCGUUCGGAAGACUACCCAAAGGCGGGUUUACUAGCCGCCCGUUACACCAUCAACAGGGAGUAAACCUUCCGUAGGAUGGGCGCCAACCUAGAUCCCUCCACAGCCUGCCGCAAGAUCAUCUGUUUUGUAUCCCAAAAUCCAGGUUGCCGGCUGCAGAGCUUACUGAAUCCUUGCUGUCCUGAGAUAUUAGACCCCAACGGCCCCAACUUGUCCCAGAUUAUCUUUCCAGGUUCACCUUCGGCCUCCCCGACUCUUCAUCCUCCGCAACGGCUCGGCAUCGAGGGUAUCACGACCCACGGGGACUCGGUGGUUCUUUUGCAGUGAACACCCCCGGUAGUGGCCGUUUUUGUUCUCCGAACCUGCUAUACCACCGAAGGCGCCGGCAUCAACAACGAACACAGCUCCCUCAAUUGCGGCACAGAACUGCGUCAAGUUCUGACUGUGGCUGUGGACCUGCCUCCAGUGUCAUAGCAGCGCAGGCAACCUGGCGGUCCACAAAUGUCAGCGUACCGGUGAACGCUCGUCUGUUCUGGUGCAACAGAAAGACAGUCUCUCAUCCAGCAGAGUGAUUUGAUCACUGGUCAGGGGCUAUGGUUCUUUCUACAAGAGAUACCGUGUCGAAGGGCCGCAGCAGUCUGCCUCGGCAGUGCUGCCAGUGCACCUAAAGCGAAGCUGUUGAUCGGCCCCAUGUUUUUGUAUAACCCCUGUCCCGUUGUCCUGUGUUGCUCUUUGCUUUGCAUUUUCCAAGAAGCUGACCUAUCACCCAGUCUGUAAUAGCCGCCCCUUCAUGACACAUUCGGUUCGAGAAAGCUUGACGACAUCCUUCACCGACAGUGGGCCAGGGUUAUCCCUAACUUCAAACAACACUAUCUUCCAUCCAUGGCAACGGACUUUGGCCUUGCUUUAUCGAUUCGAUGUCAAAGCUCAGUACGAUGACCCAUGUUUGGGAGGGCUCGAGAUGUUCUGGUCAUGGAUAGGCAGGACGCCCAAGGUUGUCACGGUCCCACGAACACACAUCAAGCUUGGUGUCACUGGCCACACUAUAAAUAUGACGGGAACGCAUCGUCGGCCGGCAACAACGAGCUGAUAUUUCGCUUAGCAUCACUUCAACGCAAAUAGCUACGUCGUUUAUCACCAAACUCUCGUCUUCGGUUACCCCACCUGUUGCCCUCUUUUGCUUCAUCUUCAAGAAGCCAGCCAUGUCAUCUUCUAUUCAAUACGGCGCCGACGGCCGACUAUACUACCAAGCAAGCGAUGGGCAAUGGUAUCCCUAUACGGAACCAUCCUACACGAAUGCAAACCAAGUGUCGACCCAGCAAUACCAUCAAGCCCAGUAUGGCGAGAAAUGCCCAAGCUAUCAUCAGCAUGAAGAUAACGCAGCAGAAGCUGGGAGCUUCCAUGGAGACUAUGACGAUGACGACCACACUGCGGCCUCCUCAUCUGGUCAAGGUGGAGCAAAUGAAACUGCCAACUAUUUGAGGAAGCAAGAGAAAGAACGAAGACAUCGGGAGAAACUGCGGGAAGGUGGUCGAUCAACUCGAACUAGGCACAAGAGCAACACCAAGAAAAGGAUCGAGGAGACUCUGAAGCCACUCUACAAGAGCAAGUAGGCAACGGACUUCUGCUUAGCAUGGAGGGCUUGCAUCUUUGAAGUCUACAUUUGAAUACGGCGCAUCUUAUUUCAGAAUCGUCUCGUUUCUAAAUUCAUGGUUGUUCUUCUAUUUCUGCGUUAACAUUUUUUGGAUGGGAUCACAUCAUCUUUGUUCAUGUCUUUCCUGUACACUAGUGUUUCCCAAGUUUCGUAUCAUCCAUGACCUCCAUUAUACCUGUACAGCAUGGCAUCAUUGUCUUCUCUUUGGAAAUAUGGUCAAGCCAACAUGAACGUUUAAACAGAGCUCUACUUUUGAUUAAGACAUAUGUAUUUGGGAUGUCCCUGGUGGGUCCAGACCGACACACGCCCUCUUUUGACCCUGACCUUAAUCACCUUAGCUCACAUUAAAUCUCCGACAUGACAUCACGUCAAACGGCAAAUGUUGAUCAGGAAACUUGGGAUUGAGACGCUGCAGGUUGAUUGGACCCGCG